AUGGAGCCCAGGUUGUUGCUCCUGGUCACUGUAGGCGUUUUGCUACAAGGGGUUGGUAGAAGUUUGACUGACAACGUCAAGGGCUGGAAGAAGCACUUGGACCAGAUUGAGGACGCUGUGCGAAACUACAAACCAUGCAGUCAACAAAAUUGCAGCUGCUACCUUGGAGUCCUCAAGAGAGACCUGAAGCCGUUUCGCUCUGGAGUAUCCGAGUCUCUGAUGAUGGACACAAUUCAUCGAGGAGUUGGGACACACUACCAGAUCAUCAACCACAAGCUGUACAGAGAACUGAACUGCAUGUUUCCAGCCAGGUGCAGUGGGGUGGAGCACUUCAUUCUGCAGGUGAUUGAUAGACUGCCGGAUAUGGAGAUGGUGAUCAAUGUCCGGGAUUACCCUCAGGUGCCUCACUGGGCCCAGCCUGCCCUGCCAGUGCUGUCCUUCAGCAAGACCUCAGACUACCAAGACAUCAUGUACCCUGCCUGGACCUUCUGGGAGGGCGGCCCAGCUGUGUGGCCCAUCUACCCCACUGGACUGGGGCGCUGGGACCUCAUGAGGAGGGACCUGCAGACAUCAUCAGCGCAGUGGCCUUGGAAGAAGAAACACUCCAAGGGGUUCUUCAGAGGCUCCAGGACCAGUUCAGAGCGGGAUCCCCUCAUCCUGCUCUCCAGAGACCAGCCAGACCUUGUGGACGCUGAAUACACCAAGAAUCAGGCCUGGAGAUCAGAGAAGGACACUCUUGGAAAACCACCAGCCAAAGAGAUCUCUCUGAUCGACCACUGUGAAUACAAGUACCUCUUUAACUUCCGAGGCGUGGCAGCUAGCUUCAGACUGAAGCACCUCUUCCUGUGCGGUUCCCUGGUGUUCCAUGUUGCGGAAGAGUGGGUGGAGUUCUUCUAUCCUCAGCUCCGCCCCUGGGUGCACUACAUCCCCGUCAAGCAGGACCUGUCGGACGUCAGGGAUCUUUUACAGUUUGUAAAGGAGAAUGAUGAGGUUGCUGAAAACAUUGCUAAGAGAGGUCAGCAGUUCAUCUUGGAUCACCUGAGGAUGGAGGAUGUGUCCUGCUACUGGGAGAAACUGUUAACUCAGCUGGCCCAACUUCUCCAGUACCGGCCCACCAGGCGGCCCAGCUAUCGUGAGAUCACCCCCAAGCCAGGCCACACAGAACUCUAAAUCCUGAUCAUCCACAAGGGGCUCUAGACCUCUCCUCAAACCUUCUGGUACUCUCCCUUUUCCCCGUCGUCUUCUGUGUUUUACAGUGGCAGCUGAUGGUGUAUCGCCAUAAUCCAGUGGUUCCCAAACUGGGGGCCAGGACCCCUAGGGUGGUCGCGGAAGUACUGCAGGGGGGUCGCAGACAGAAGGAACUUUUCCUAAAAAUGCUAAAAACCCUAGUUUAAUAAUUACUCAAGUCCAUAAAUAGGUUAGUGGAAGUAUUCAUUACUAUGAUGAAUAAACAUAUUUACUUUUUUGAAAUUACAAAUUAAAAUUAAACAGUAGUAAUGGACAAAAAUGGGGUUUGGAAUGGAGAGGGAUUUGUGGAAAUAUUAUUGGGUGCAAAAGGGGGUCCGGGUAGAAUAAAUUUGUGAACCAUUGCCAUAAUAUGUGCGGCUUUGAAUGGCACAUUUCCUACGCCAGUUGAAGAUUGUCAGAAUAUAUUGUUCCAUGCAAUAUCGCGCCCUUUUGUGGACCAACACUAAGUUUAGGGUCGGUCACGAAGCAUUCUUAAUUCUGUUUUUUAGUAGUGAGGUACAGUAUGUAAAUGAUACAUUAGUGUUUUUUUGUUUACAUUUGUUAAGGCCAUGUAGUUUGAGAUAGUGGUAAGAUAAAUACAAGUCCAAGAACAAGACCAUGAGUAUCUUUUGGAUAAACUUGGCACAAGUUAUUUAACAGAAAACACCACUAUCUUAUUGUUGUAUUACUUUUCAGUGAUAUAUUUGCUUACUGUAUGGCUGAUUCUGCGGCCACAUUUUGAGAUUCUGCCACCAGAUCUUGGGAAAGUUUAAUCCAUCCAGCCAAACACUCAACUGUUAUGAAUUGAAUGGCAAUGGUUCCUUUUAAGCAUAUAUUUUUUAGUUUUUUUUCUACUGUUGUUUGUAUCAAGAUUUGCCCAUUUACCUUACAGUCUUAAACCAAAAGCCUUUGAAGAUCAGCUCAGACAAGCAAUGGGAAAAGUAUUAUUCUUUAUAUGUAAAACCUCCAUUUCACAUUUUCAUGAUUCCUGAGUCCUGAAUCAUGACAGAGGUUUGCGGAACUAUCAGCUAAGUCUUUUUUUUUCUUGUCAUUUUUUUUGUUAUUUAACCACCCAUCACUGAAAAAAAUGGUUACUUAAAGGUACACUUAAGAGCUGUGCUUAUUACGAAGGUGCAAUGGAAGUGUAUGUAAAACCCUUUAGUCUGUCUCUCAGUGUACAAAAUAAUCAAAUUUCAGGGAAGUCCAGGGCAGACUUCUUCCAUCCUUGUGAUUUGGUACUCAUUCCAAACCAGCUGGAACUGCAUGUCUGAAAAAGGAAAAUGAUCCUUUUGCAUGGCCUUGGGGUGCAGAUCAUUUCUCCAAACCCUUGUCCUUCCCUCUGACCUCAUGCCUUGUUGUCUUGUUGACUUGGGUUAGUUUGAUAUUGGACAUUCAAAAUGCAUAGACUAUAAAUGACUGUGGCACGAGAACAGUCAUCUAUGUUUCAUAGUUGUGUUUGUCAGUUGUGUUGUGAUUGUCAAGACAUGUAGUGUACGUAGGCUAUUGUCCAAAAUAAAACUGAUUUAACCACAACCAGGCAUGAGGAUGGAAGACAGAGGAAAGGAAGCGAGUUUGGGGGAAAUGGUUUUGAAUGUCAAGAGGAGGGCGCUGAUUUGAAGGGUCAGCAUUACAGACAAGGGGUAGUGUCGUGCAAGGUUCGUCAUCAUGCGUUUAAAUUUCGCCAGCUAAAAUCAUGUAGUUAACACAUGUCUCUCGCACACUAUACUAAAGGUUGUCAACUUUUUGUACUAACCUGUAUGGACCAUAUUGGUACCAGGUUGCUGCUGUGGUGUUUGUGAUGUGUUCACAAACACCGCUGGUGUACUCUUGUCUAUGCUUUGGGAAAAAUACAUGAAAAACAUCUAAAUAUUGUUGCCAUGAUCUCUGGCCUUGUUUGAAGUGUUAUUCAUAACCAGGGGGGUAUUUCGUCAUCGCAAAUCCAUCACAAAACUGCAAAUCCGUCUUUCAAUGACGCACACUCAUUUUUAGAGCGAUCUCAGUUGUAUUCGUUGUGCCAGAACUGACAUCACUUACUGUUUUCAGUCCGGGUGCCAGGGCUGGUGCCCGUUCCCACACCCGUUCAUUCGAAACUAAAGUGCUUACCGACAAACCACUUUUCCACUUUGAACUUUUACCCAUGUGAUGAUUUGAAUCUGCUGACGUCCACUUUGUCAUCACGGUUCGCAGGGAAAAAACGAGUAUUUUUUUAUUCGCAUCGCGAGUCAACUCUCUGGUUCCCAAAACGCUCAUACUUAAGACGUGAACACCAGCCUGUUCGAGAUUAGGUUUGGGAAUGGACACCAGCAUGGUUCUCUGUCAGCCUGAACGUGCCUAUUGUGACGUCUCCAUCAAGCAAUAGUUAUGUAGCCAAGACCAUAACAUUUCGCACAAUUAAACAUCUUCUCACAACUGACUUGCAGAUACUGAAGGGUCAAGGCAUUCUCAAUGAUUCAGCAAUUUUGCACUCUGCAAAAUGUUAUAUGCUUUGCCUUUGCGUACAAAAUGGUCAUUCUAAUUCAAUUUUGUCUUGUCAUUGAGUGCGUAUACAUGCAGUUCAGUAUCCCGAAUAUGAGGCAUAUCCCGGUUAUGAUCAUAUUCGGGAUAAGGUGUUUAUAUGAGCACAGAGCGUAAUAUCCCAGUCAACAUUCUUGGCCGUUGUAGAAUUCUCUGCAAAUGCGUGUAGCUUGGAUACCAGCGACAACGUUCUAUGGGAAGCCCCUGUAUCCGGGAUAAGGUGUUUACAUGCUGCAGUAUCCCGGCUUCUGUCGGAAUACUCCACCUAGCAUAUCCUGAUUUCUCAGUAUCCCGAAUAAGGGCUUAUUCGGGAUACUGACGUGUUUAUAUGCUCAAGCACAAAUUCGGGAUACUUAAUAUCCCGAUCAUAUUCGGGAUACUGAACUGCAUGUAUACGCACUCAUUAAUGUAGUUUAUUUUGUCAUUAAUUACAGACAAGGUAAAACAAUUUAAUAUUUGGUGGUGGUGUCGUAGAUUGUGAGCACUCUGGUUGCAUCCGACCCUCGGGUCAUGUAGUGUGAGGAUGUGAACUUGAAAGCCCUGCAAUUCACUCGUACAGUGUGAGCAGGAGCUUAAAAUAUCGCACAGUGUAUGCCUGGCUUAAGGCGCAGCUGGUUUCUUUUUAAUGGAAUGUUCAGCGUGAUUGAUGUAAUACCCCCCCAGCUUGUCUUAUAUGUAUAUUGGGAAUAUUGUUUGAUAUAUUGUAUGUCAAUUAGUGAAAGGCUUUCACUGUGCAGGGCAGCAUAUUUUCACUUUUGUAUGUAAACUUUUUUGCAUUUUGCUACCUGAGAGCUUUUCAUGUCAAGCUCUAAUAGCUGUACAAUAAAAAUGUUGUUUGUAA